AGAAGACAAGAAAAUACUACAAACUGCUUCUGUUUUUGAUGAAUUUAGGAACUGGUUUCUUCCUGGAAUGAAGAAAUGGAAACCAGAACACCACCAAAAAUAUUGCAGAAUCAAUCUCACCAAGUUCUAGAAAUAAACAAGGUUCAAGAACCUAUCCAUCCGAAUGAGCCAGCCGUGGGAUGGAGAAUUUUCAGGUGGCUUUCUAGAUUAGUUUUCAAUGUCCAUUUAUGUCUGGUAGCUGUGUUGGUGAUCUUUUUGACAGUUAGAGGACUUCAGUCAGCUUCUAAAACACAUCAUUUUCACCCGGAAAAGUGGUACCCUCCAUUGUUGGCUUCUAUUGGAAGCUCUGGAAUCAUUGGCUUUUCAUGGCAGGCUUUCACUGGCUGUUCUCCUUCUAUGGCCAUCAAGACAGCCUUCUGGUUCAGCCCCAUUCUAUCACUCGCUUCUGGCGUUUUCUUUGUCAUUGUUGGAUCUCGUGGCGGUUUAGCAGCAGGAGUAGUCCUCAUAGUUUGUUCCUUGAUUAUGUCUGUAUAUGUCUGUUGGAUCAAUCACCGGUUGAAUUAUGCGAUUAAAAUUCUCUCACUUUCUACCGAAUACCCUCCGAAGAACACUCCAAUCUUUGUCAUUGGAUCGAUCCUCAUUGGCAUUCUUUAUGCAUCUUUCUUGGUCAUCGGCAUCGGUGGCGCAAUUGCUGUUAGGUCUGGUUUUAAAGCAUUGUUCGUAGCAGCAAUACUGUUGAGCUUAGCCUGGAGUCUGCAGGUCAUCAAGAACAUAGUGCAAGUUACAAUCUCGCGCAUAAAGUACUUGAAUUUAGCUUGGGGUAACGAAAAGGAUAUACAAGCAGCUUUCCACGACACAGUAAAGGAUUCAAUUGGAACUAUUUCUCUUGGCUCAGCCAUCAUCCCCCUUAUCAGCUUCAUCCAGGGAUCUGCACGUUCCAUGAGGCUGGUGGCGGGGGACUCGGAUGAGUUCCUUUUCUCUUGUGCACAUUGCUACUCGGGAUUGGCUUUGAUGCUGAGAAACCAUGGAAACAGGUGGGGUUUUGUCCACGUCGGCGUUUACAAUAAAGGGAUUGUGCAGGCUUCCCAUGAUACCUGGGAGGCAUUCAAAAGGGUAGAUUUGGGAAUUCUUAUAGACUAUGAUCUCACCGUGUCCUUCUGCGUUCUCUGCGGGGUUUCGGGUGGUGCAAUCUGCAGCCUCAUCAGUGGGAUCUGGGCACUGGUAAUACACAAGAGCUACGCAACAGAAUUAGCAAUCUACACCUUCCUAAUUGGCUAUUUUCUGUGUCGAAUAGCAAUGGCGUGGCCACAAGCAUGUGUUUCUGCCUACUAUGUGGCUUAUGCAGACAAUCCCCUGCAUCCUCGCUUUGACUCCACUGUGCCAGAGAAGAUUCGAGAACUUCGGCGGGGAAGAGACAGCAAGUUUAAUCAACCAUGAAACUUGAAAGCAAGUGAAGAAGCAGAUUUAGACCAUUCCUCAAGCUCCAGUAAGAGACUGGACUACUAAAAGAAUAAAAAAAACAAAGAGAUAUAUGCAGUAAUUGUGAAAGCUUGCAGUUUAUGUAUUUCUGACAUUAUAGUUCAUACAUUCCACAACUUUCUGUUCAGAAAGAAGCCAUGUUGAUUUGAC